UAAACAUUGACUUACCACCACCCAGCUGCCUAUAUCACCGCUUCAUUCCUGCUUCAGAAGAUGCCCCGAUAAUCGUCUGUCUACGAGUUCACGGAAACACCGCCGAACAUGUCUUCUUCCGAACUCGCCCCUCUCACCACGAGCGACACCCGCUCCUCGAUUUCCGCCGUGCCCAUGCACGAAGUCGAACCCUCUCCUGUCGACGAGGAACCCCCAGCUUUCUACCCGACCAACCCCUCCGACAUUGACGCCUCCAAGCUCCCACAUGCAUCCCGGACAUCCACGAAUUUCCUCGGCCUUACGCCCGCGCGGACCCUGCACAUCCUCUCCUCCGUGCAGAAAUACGCAACCCUCCCUCCCACGCUCUACCUGACAAUGCACUACACCAACACCGCGCUCAUCCCUCUCCUCACACGGAAUGCAGUGGAAGCAGAUAAAUACCUCCUUCUCACGCGGCCGUACUACCAGUCCUUCCCCCUCGAGCCGCUCCUGAUCUUCGCCCCGAUCAUAACGCAUGUCGUCUCCGGCGUGGCCCUGCGCAUCUACCGCCGGCGGAUCAACGCGACGCGCCACGGCGCCGAGACGCGCGCCGACCGUCGCAGGAUUCCCUGGCCCAAACUCAGCUUGACCUCCGCGGCAGGAUACAUACUGUACCCCAUGUUCGUCGCGCAUGUCCUCAUGCAACGCAUCAUACCGCAGAAGGUCGAGGGCUCUUCGGCGGGUGUCGGGCUGCGGUUUUUCGCCCACGGAGUCGCACAUGACCCUAUCAUUGCCAACGCCUUCUACACUGUGUUCGUGAGUGUAGCGAGUUAUCACUUUGUUAGUGGUACUGCGAAGUAUCUCAAGCUGUCGAGUGAGUAUGUCACCGAGGGUGGGCAGUCGGGCGCAAUGAGGAGGAAGUGGACAAGGCGGGUUGUGAACGGAAUUGCGGCAACAGUUGCUGCAUUGUGGAUUGCAGGCGGACUGGGAGUGGUAGGGCGUGCGGGCAAGGGUGUUGGGUGGGAGGCAUCGAAUUGGGAUAAAAUAUAUGCUGCUAUGCCGCUUGUGGGGAGAUUCUUUACAUGAUGGCGAGGUCAAGCCGAGCCUGUAGAAGAUGAAGAAUAUCUCGAGCGAGCGACGGAAGACUAUGAACAUGACACUGCCGUACUCUGGUAGGUGAAGGGUAGAAGUCUGGCACAGGCUUGAUGGUUCUGUGCAUCCAAGCGUGGUGUGCUGUGAGUCUUUACAUGGCAAUGAGGGUCGGGUUGCAGCCAGAGCUUGGUCAAGCAAGUCUACAACAUCAGCAGUGUCAGGGAAAAAGGAGCAGUCCAGCUAUAUUCAUCAUCUCCAUUCGACCAGAAUGAAUGUAUUGACACCGUGCUUGGAAUCAUGUUCCAAAAGGCUCUCGAGGCAUGCACAUUCCUGGCAGCUAUUUGUCCCUACUGAAUGUAUUCAUACAUAUCCUCCCAUCCUAGAGAGGAGUCGCACAAAAGAUUAUAU